AUGCAAGACGACAGUUCAGAAUCCUCAACUUCAAUAUCUCAACUUCUGAGAGAAAGUUAUUUAGCUGAAACUAAACAUCAAGGGAAGAGUGAAAGAAGCAGAUCAGAACCAUCUUCUCAUAAUUUCCAUUACGGCAACGCUUCUGGUGAUUCAGAUGAGGUAGCUGCCCAAGAUGACCUUCCAGAUCUCUCUGCCUUUUUGAGCCAAGAAGAACUAGAUCAAAGUGUAAACCUGGCAAGACAAGCCAUUGAUCAGAAUCCACUGGAAACUAAACAGGAGGAGCUUCAGGCACAUUCACAGCAUCUCCCAGAUCAGCUGAAAAACACAGGAAAACGCAAACAAAUGGCCCAGUCUACAGCUUUGAAAACAUCGGACAAUGGCCUGCACUCAGACUUUUGUCAGGACCAUGUCAGAAAUACAAACAGUUCCAAAGGGAGCUCUCAAGAUCUAAAGAAACAACACCUCCCUUCUGAAUCGGAAUCAAAAAAGGAAUUUCUGAACAAGGCAGCAGAUUUUAUUGAGGAGCUUUCAUCACUUUUCAAAGCUCACAAUUCUGAAAGAAUAAGACCCCGAACAUGCAAAAACUACAGGAGCAGGAUAGAGUCUAAGAAUAAGCUUGCUCAAAAAGGUAGCUCUAGCCUACCUAGCACAUCAGAAAACAGAGAACGACUUUGCAUUCCAGUACCUCAAGACUUGGAAAACAAAGCAGAGAAAACGUUUGAACAUAUAGAUGAUCAACAGGCAGCAAACCUGGAAUCGAUCAAUCAAUUAACGAGUGCAGAGCUAAAAACAGAGUCAGAAUCUGCAUCUGUAAGUUCUGAUGAGCCUAUGGGACAACCACCACGCUUUACUCAAAAACUGAAGAGCAGGGAAGUUCCUGAAGGAACCAAAGUGCAAUUGGACUGCAUUGUGGUAGGAAUCCCAGCACCUGAAGUCAGGUGGUACUGUGAAGGGAAGGAGCUUGAAAACUCACCAGACAUUCAAAUUAUCCAGACAGGUGAUCGACACUCAUUGGUUAUUGUUGAAGCUUUUGAGGAGGAUACAGGACGUUACUCGUGCUUUGCUUCAAACAUUUAUGGCACAGACUCCACUUCUGCAGAGAUAUACAUAGAAGGAGUCUCUUCUUCUGACUCUGAAGGUGAAAUCAUCAAAGACGAAAUGGAUCACAAACCAAAGCCAGCUGAUACCUCCUUGAAUGCAGCAUCUCCUGCCGUCAGAACUGCAACCAAGCAUCAAGAAACCUCCAAGGCACCAUCUGCCAUGGUUCAGCCAGUGUCUGUACCUGUCCAGUCUGUGUCAACACCAGUUAAUCAGGCUCAAAGCCCCACUAACUAUUUGCAAGGACUGGAUGGAAGACCUAUAAUUGCUGCUCCUGUAUUUACAAAGAUGUUACAGGAUAUUUCAGCUUCUGAGGGGCAGCUUGUUGUCUUUGAAUGUCGGGUAAAAGGAGCUCCUUCCCCCAAGGUUGAAUGGUAUAGAGAAGGAACACUGAUAGAAGAUUCGCCAGAUUUUAGGAUAUUACAGAAAAAACCACGAUCAAUGGCUGAACCAGAGGAAAUUUGUACUCUGGUUAUUGCUGAAGUGUUUUCAGAAGACUCAGGCAGUUUCACCUGCACUGCAAGCAACAAGUAUGGCACAGUAUCUAGUACAGCUCGUCUAACUGUCAAAGCAUCUGAAGAAAACAGUAAUGCUGCUACCCUUCACACAAUGAGCUCAAUCAACUUAAUUGCUGCUGAACAUCAACUUCCCCAACGUACUCCUUCCCAUCAUGCAGUAAACCAGACUUCCAAACCUAAACUUGAAGGAGUUCUUGUGAACCACAAUGAACCUAGAUCAAGUUCCAAGAUAGGUCUCCGUGUGCACUUCAAGUUGCCUGAAGAUGAUCAAGGAAGUGAAUCACCAUCAGAGGGUGGGCCUGGCACUGCAAACCAAAACAGACCCAACUCUUUCCAAGAGAGGAUAAAUGGACAGCCAAUGAGAAUACCAGAGCCGACAUCGCCAUCCAAGGAACCCCCUCCCGUACUGGCUAAACCAAAGCUAGAUCAGACCCAGUUAAAACAGCUCCACAACCAGGUCUUGCUUGAGCAACAGCAGGUGUAUCAGACAUCUACAAAAGAGGUGUUAUUCAACACAGCUCUAUUGAAUUCUGCUACUGUUCUCCAGCAACAGUCCACCUCAGCUACGUACAAACAAAACAAAGCCUCUGCUUCACAAGCAUUCAGCUACACCCGACCCAAGCAGUUCCUACCAUCACAAACUGCAUCACCUACCAGCUCCUCUUCCAGCUCCUCAGUUACAACGUGCAGCAAUGUCCCUCAAGGAACUCAAAGAACAAAUAACAAGGAAAAUUUCACAGGAAAUCCUCCACCUGCCCAAUCAAGGUCUUCUGGAGGGUUUACAAGCAAAUGUGAACAGUCUCCACCAAGCCCUAAAGAAUCCAUGGUGCCUCCAUUAACAUUUCCUACAUCAAGUGCAAAACAGUUUCAGCCACAGACUGUGACUUCUGCUCCUAUCUCCCCAACUGGCCGGAUUCAGAAUCCAGUAGCUUUCCUUAGUGCUGUUCUGCCUUCACUUCCUACUGUGCCAUCAACUAAUGCUAUGGGACUGCCCAGAAGUACACCAGCCACACCAGCCCAGGGAUUAACAAAGAAAAAUCUGAAGCCUCUGCCAUUACCAACAGAAGAUUCUAUUCGGGAAAAUAAAGCUGCACUUGUGAAGGACCUGGAAAGAAAGCUGCGGUUCCGAGAGGAUGUUAAUCAACAAAGUAGUCAGCAGGAAUACAAAAUUUCAAGCUUUGAGCAGAGGCUGAUGAAUGAAAUUGAGUUUCGCCUGGAGCGUACGCCGGUGGAUGAGUCAGACGAUGAAGUGCAGCACGAGGAAAUCCCUACAGGCAAAUACAUAGCACCCAUCUUUGAUAAGCGACUCAAGCAUUUCCGGGUAACGGAAGGAUCUCCUAUUACAUUCACUUGCAAAAUAGUUGGAAUACCUGUUCCCAAGGUUUACUGGUUCAAGGACGGCAAGCAGAUUUCAAAGAAAAACCCACAUUUCAAAAUGAGCAGAGAAGAAGAUGGAACAUGUUCUUUACAUAUUGAAACGUCUACUAAUGAUGAUGAUGGCAACUAUACGAUUAUGGCUGCAAACCCACAAGGGAGAAUCAGUUGUUCAGGCCACCUGAUGGUUCAGAGUACCCCCAUUCGGGGCCGAAUAUCAACAACUCAGCCUCACAGAACACGACCCUGGGUGCCAGAGGGAGACAAAGAGGCAGUUCAAGAACGCUUUUUCAGGCCGUACUUCCUGCAGGCUCCAGGUGACAUGGUAGCACAUGAAGGACGACUCUGUAGGUUGGACUGUAAGGUGAGCGGGUUACCAACUCCAGACCUGACGUGGCUUCUGAACGGCAAACCCGUGCUACCCGAUGGCACCCACAAGAUGCUGGUCAGAGAGACUGGAGUUCACUCUCUGCUGAUUGAUCCUCUCUCACAAAAUGAUGCUGGAACUUACACUUGCCUUGCCACUAAUAAAACAGGCCAAAAUUCAUUUAGUUUGGAGCUCACCGUUGUAGCAAAGGAAGUAAAAAAAGCCCCCAUGUUUUUGGAGAAGCUUCAGAACUGCGGUGUUCCUGAAGGGUACCCCGUAAGAUUAGAGUGCAGAGUUGUGGGAAUGCCACCCCCCGUGUUUUACUGGAAGAAGGACAAUGAGACCAUCCCAUCAAACAGAGACAGGAUGAGCAUGCAUCAAGAUACAACAGGGUAUGUCUGCCUCCUCAUUCAGCCUGCCAAGAAAGCAGAUGCUGGCUGGUAUACCUUGUCUGCAAAAAACGAAGCUGGUAUUGUCUCCUGUACUGCUAGACUUGACAUAUAUGCUCAGUGGCACCGUCAAAUUCCACAACCAAUAAAGCUCCGGCCUGGUGGCAGCUGGUAUACAAACCUUACCAGUCAAGGACUCGACAUUUUUUCUGCCUUCCCAACUACUGAAAGCCCUAUGCUGUUUUCAUCCCCAACCCAAAAAGUGGUGGAGAGUGAAGAACUUUGAAAAACAAACAAUUGUUCCAGUUACACCCACAGAGAUACUAGAACUG